AUGGCGCCUUUGCGUACUCGACAGAGUCACUCCCUUGGACCAGGUAUACCCCGUCCUCCCAAGCGACCACCGAACACUCCAGUCAAAGUCGAUAAGUCAAUUGACCCCAAAGUAUUCGGUGAGCUUUUAGCCGGAACAGUCGUGAUAUUUAUACUUGCAGUGUUGUUUUGGAAGAUUGGACAGUUUGUCAGACGAUUCAACCGAGACAAGGUGUUGAGAGCAGGCAAAAGCACUCACACCCGUUACGCACGCACAUGGUAUGGCUGGGUCGCGCGAUCGACUCAUGAGAGAAACAAGAAGUUAAUCCAUGACUUCUUCGCGUGGAUUUGGGAUUCUUUGGCGUGGAAAUCGAGCCGAGAUGACUAUAGCUGGAUAUGGUGGGAUCCUGGCGACGUGAAGAGGCAAAAGCGCCGCCGACAACUGAAGGGACUUCGUUGGCUACCGGACUGCUUUAAGAGCUAUGAUGAUUUUCCUACUGCUGAUGAGAUAUGGAAUCCUUGUGCACGACCUGAGUGUCACGGGGCAUUGAAGGACAGUUCCUCAAUACCUCAUCGUCCUCCAGUACCAGAACCCAUCCAGUGGCCGCGAACCCAAGAGACGCCGGCACCAACCUUACCCCAGCAAUCUGUUUUGAUCAAGGACCCGCCUGUCAUCACUCGUUCGAUUUUAGAAGAGCUUUUCAGAGACCCACUGAAGCCAAAUGAUGGCAGUUCUGAUCAUCAACCCCUGUUCAAUUAUUGCAAGAACACACCGAGGCCAGAUACCCGCACGCCAAUGCCGUUCCGACAUGUUCAGUCGUUACCAUGUCGCCAGAACCGGUCCUAUCAGCGCGGAGAAUCGAUGCCAUGGUCGCGUGCUGGGGAGUCCCAGCCCAUUCGUUGCCAAAUUCAAUCCGUCGCCCGACGUGCAGAGUUUCAGUACAACCCAGUGGAGCCAAAUGUUUCGAUCCCUACAAAAGAGGGCCGAAAGCUUCAUUCGCAGGGUCAUUCACGCAGGCACCGUGGAUGGUCAGCGAGAAUGCAGAUGGGACCAAAAGCUGUGGAUGAAAAUAUGGGCGACUCAUCUGGUCCUCCUGGCACACCAAGAACCGAAUUGUUGGCCAGCUAUAUCUCUGACCCGAGUUCUUCAUUUCGUGGUCAUCUCAAGCAGCAGAGAGCCAGCGCAGAAGGAAGAUUGCGCAUCUCUGAGGAUAGAACAUUCGCUUCCAGAGUGCUUAUGGGAAAUCAACUUAUUUCAUCAAAUGAGCGUCAGACAUACACCAGGACUAUCCAAUGGUAUUCGGCCCCGGCAAGAAGCCGUCUUCAAGGUGAAGCAGCAGCCUCAAAAGCGAGACCAGAGUUGUACAAUGAAUGGCGAUCCAUAUGUGACCCUAAGAAUCAUGUCCUGUCCCAUCGCCAACGAAAACUUCCCGCCGCUCGAUGCUCUGCGGACCAGAUCCAGCUUAAAACUGGGGGCAAUGCUGAUCCAUUGAAUGACUGGGAGGUCAGAAUGCUGGAAAGGCUAGAUCGGAAGCUCGUAUGGCUCUUUGAUGAAUUCACUCCUGGCCAAAAGCCGUAUCAUUUCGCCUUGCUCGCCAAUCACUGGUUGAAUAGAGAAACAUGGCUUGUGUAUGAUCCAAUAUCCAGGGUUCCCAACGAUGCCCGCCGGGAGUGGGGAGAUCCUCGAUUCAAUGUUCCCUAUCCACAGCCGGUUCUGAGCCCGAGACCAAAAUACCAGGUUUCCUCACGGAAACGCGUGCAGACACCUCGCAUCAAUUCUUGGCGAGCGGCAGUGAACAGGCAAAGGGAAAUAUAUGGCAUACGAGAGACGAUUCGCACCAUCACACUGUAUGAAGAAUCAGCCGAGGAACCGCCAGAUGGUCAUAUUGACCCCGGCUGCUGGGUUUUGCCGAAACCACCUCAAGGCUUUGAGAUGUCCACCGCGCAGAAAAACGCCUGGUAUGAAGGAGGCGCUGGCUGGCAAGAGAAACUUGAGGACUGGCAAAAGGUCCGCCGGGGAUAUCGUUUACACAAAGCUAUCCACGAAGGCCGAGUCAAUCGGGAUAGGCUGAAGGAAGUGGCAGCUCAAGUCCAUAAGUGCUGUCGUUCUGCCUCGGGAAAAUUGAUUCCAAGUUACGAUCUGGGGCAAACGAGGGUUUCCAACUUUCUUGUGUCAUGA